AUGACGGAGGUGUUCCUGGCACCCCGGAGCGCCCGUGUUGGGACAGGAAUCCCUGCAGGCGGAUUUGGGUCCUGCAGCGGGAGCGCGCAGGCGGCGUCCGCCAGGGGGUUCGCUCAGGGAAGGUCUGGGCUGCCCGGGCCACGCGGAGGGAAGGCGGGGCGGACGAGGGGCGUGGGGCGUGGGAAAGGCGGCAGAGGGUGGGCCUGGGACCGCUUUCCCGCGAGAGCCAGCGCCCGGCGCGGCCCCGGGGGAGCGGAGGGGCAGGCUCGGGCAGCUCCCCGGCUGCCCGAGCGAACACGCUCCCGGGCAGGCAAGCCUGACAGUUCCAAGGGGACUUGGAGAGGAGCGGCAGCGAGGCACGCCCGCACCGCGCGCGCCGCUGCACCUCCGCCCGCUCCGGUCUCUGGCCUCCCGCCCGGCGCCCGCGGCCCCCUUCCUGCCUCGCGGCCCCUUUCCCGCCCCCCGAUGGCCGCCGCCGAGCGUCCGAUCCCCCUGCGCGGAGCCCUCUGCGGGCUGCUGCUGACCCUCGCGGUCUUCAGUUUUGCCUGUGAAGCCUGCAAAAAGGUGACAUUUAAUAUACCAUCCAAACUAGAGGCAGACAAAAUAGUUGGCAGAGUUAAUUUGAAAGAGUGCCUCAGGUCUGCAGACCUCAUCCGGUCAGGUGACCCUGAUUUCAGAGUUCUAGAUGAUGGAUCAGUAUACACAACUAGCACCGUGGUGUUGUCUGAUGAGAAAAGAUCAUUCACCAUAUGGCUUUCUGACUCCAGGACACAGGCACAGAAAGAGAUUAAGGUGCUCCUGGAACAUCAGAAGAAGGUGCUGAGGAAAAGACAUGCUAAAGAAGCCGUUCUCAGGCGUUCCAAGAGGAGAUGGGCCCCUAUUCCCUGUUCAAUGCAAGAGAAUUCACUGGGCCCGUUCCCUUUGUUUCUUCAACAAGUUCAAUCUGAUGCAGCACAGAACUAUACCAUUUUCUACUCAAUAAGUGGGCAUGGAGUUGACCAAGAACCUUUAAAUUUGUUUUUCAUAGAAAGAGACACUGGAAAUCUGUAUUGUACCAGGCCUGUGGAUCGUGAAGAAUAUGAAGUUUUUGAUUUGAUUGCCUAUGCCUCAACUGCAGAUGGGUAUUCAGCAGACAUGCCUCUUCCACUGCCCAUCAGAGUGGAGGAUGAAAAUGACAACCACCCUAUUUUCACAGAAGCUAUUUAUAAUUUUGAAGUUCCAGAAAGUAGCAGACUUGGUACUACAGUGGGAGUGGUUUGUGCCACAGACAAAGAUGAACCGGAUACGAUGCACACACGCCUGAAGUAUAGCAUUUUGGAGCAGACCCCGAAGUCCCCAGGGAUCUUCUCUGUGCAUCCGACCACAGGUGUCAUCACCACAGUUGCUCAUUAUUUGGACAGAGAGACUGUAGAUAAGUACUCAUUGAUAAUGAAAGUACAAGACAUGGAUGGUCAAUUAUUUGGAUUGAUGAGUACAUCAACUUGCAUCAUAACAGUUAAAGAUUCAAAUGACAAUGCACCCACUUUCAAACAAAAUACUUAUGAAGCAUCAGUAGAGGAAAAUGCAUACAAUGUGGAGAUCUUACGCAUACCUAUAGAAGAUAAGGAUUUAAUUAACACUGCCAACUGGAGAGCCAAUUUUACCAUUUUGAAGGGGAAUGAGAAUGGACAUUUCAAAAUCAGCACAGACAAAGAGACUAAUGAAGGUGUUUUGUACGUUGUAAAGCCGCUGAAUUAUGAAGAAAACCACCAAGUGACCCUGGAAAUUGGAGUAAGCAAUGAAGCUCCAUUUACUCGAGAUUUUGCACUCAGAACAACCAUGAACAGAGCUUUGGUCACAGUUCACGUGAGGGAUCAGGAUGAAGGACCCGAAUGUAGCCCUGCAGCCCAGUAUGUACGGAUUCAAGAACACUCAGCAGUGGGGUCAAAGGUCAAUGGUUAUAAGGCAUAUGACCCUGAAACUAGAAGUGCCAGCGGCAUAAGGUACAAAAAAUUGCAUGAUCCUAAAGGAUGGAUCACCAUUGAUGAGAUUUCAGGGUCAAUCACAACUUCCAAAAUCCUGGACCGGGAGGCCAUGACUCCCAGAAAUGACUUAUAUAAUAUAACAGUCCUGGCAAUAGACCAAGAUGGUAGAUCAUGUACUGGAACACUUGCGGUUAACAUUGAAGAUAUGAAUGAUAACCCACCAGAAAUACUUCAAAGUUAUGUAACAAUUUGCAAACCAAAGAUGAGGUAUACUGACAUUUCGGCUGUCGAUCCCGAUGAACCUAUCCAUGGGCCUCCAUUUUAUUUCAGCUUGGCAGACACUUCUCCAGAAAUGAACAGAAUGUGGACCCUCACCAAAGUUAAUGAUACAGCUGCCCGUCUUUCAUAUCAGAAAAAUGCUGAAUUUCAGGAAUAUAGUGUUCCUAUUACUGUAAAAGAUAGAGAAGGUCAAUCUGCAACAAAAACCGUGAGAGUUAAUCUGUGUGAUUGUACUCAUCCAAGUCAAUGUCUGCCGACCCAAAGGAGCGCAGGAGUGAUACUCGGAAAAUGGGCGAUCCUGGCCAUACUGCUGGGCAUAGCAUUACUAUUUUCUGUAUUGCUAACUUUGGUAUGUGGAGUUUUUGGUGCCAAAAAAAGAAAAGGUUUUCCUGAAGAUUUAGCACAGCAAAACUUAAUCAUAUCAAACACAGAAGCACCUGGAGAUGAUAAGGUGUGUUCUGCCAAUGGGUUUAUGACCCAGACAGUCAAUAACUCUGGCCAAGGCUUUUGCGGUACCAUGGGAUCAGGAAUGAAGAAUGGAGGGCAGGAGACCAUUGAAAUGGUGAAAGGCGGACACCAGACCCUGGAAUCGUGCCGGGGGACGGGGCAUCAUCACACCCUGGAUUCCUGCAGGGGAGGACACGUGGAGACGGACAACUGCAGAUACACCUACUCCGAGUGGCAUAAUUUCACCCAGCCCCGCCUUGGUGAAAAAUUGCAUCUGUGUAAUCAGAAUGAAAACCAUGUGCCAUCUCAAGAUUAUGUCCUUACGUAUAACUAUGAAGGAAAGGGAUCUCCAGCUGGUUCUGUAGGGUGCUGCAGCGAAAAACAGGAAGAAGAUGGUCUUGACUUUUUAAAUAAUUUGGGAGCCAAAUUUGCUACAUUAGCAGAAACAUGCACAAAGAGAUAAUGUUAAUGUGCUACAAUGAGAUGUGUUUUUGCCAGACAUUCUGGAAGUUUCCAAAAGGGAUAUUUAAA